AUGUCAGGAUCAGCUGAAAAUAAUUUAAUUAAAUUAUUAACUGAACAUGUGGCUUUAAUACCAUUAGAUAAAAUUAAAUCUGAUGAGUUAUCAUUUCAAGCAUUACAAUGUCUUUUAUCUAAAACUUCAGAUACAAAUGAACCAUUCGCCACUCCUGAAUACAUGGUAUUCCGACAUGCAGUUAUACAAGCGACGAAAUGCGUUUCUGAAGAUAUUAAAAAUAUGGGAAAGAAUAACGAAGAUAAUGAAAAUGAUGAUUAUAAUGAAAAUGAUGAUUAUAAUGAAAAUGAUGAUUAUGAUGAAAAUGAUCAAUUGAAAUAUGAAGAAAUUAAACCAUCUGUUAUGGAAAUAUUCUCUUCAAUUCUUCCGUAUAUUGAUUUAAAUAGAAUCGAUACUAAUACUUUAAUUAAUAUAAUUGAACCGUUGGAAAUUGUACCGGAUAACAUUUUAUUAGAAGCAUAUAGAUUCAAAGCUCAAAAUAAAACAUUGCCACCAUUACGAGGAAUUCCACUUUAUAAAUGGAAUUUAUGUUGGGAUCCCCGAGUCAGAGGAUUAAAUCUUACUUUACGGGAUAAUAAUAAAAUAGUGGAAAGUUCUCAUACUGGUCAAAAUAUUCAUCAUAGUGUUAGAGCAAAUAAACUUAUUAGUGAAGAAGGAAUUUAUGAAUGGGAUGUUAUAAUUGAAGAAACUUGUACUUAUGCGUGGAUAGGAGUUUGUGCGGAACGAGGAUUAGAUUAUUCUUCAUUUGCUGGUCAACAAUCUUGCGCUUGGGUAUUAGGAUCUAGUGGUAAAUGUUAUCAUAAUAGUAUUGGAUUGGAAUAUACUAAAGAAUUUGGAAGUGGAACGAAGGUUACGGUUCAUUUAAACAUGACACGGAAAACUAUUGCCUUUUCAAUUAAUGGAGUUAAACAUCCAGAAAUUACAGCUUGGCUUAAUCUUCCUUCAAAACUUUAUCCGGUUGCUUCGUUGAGACCACCUGGAAGAAUUCGAUUAAUCUGA